AUGCAAGAUGGGAACACCAGAGGGGAGGGUCAGGUGUGGUCAGAGGAGCUUCAGUGUAGAGGCAACGAGUCUCAGAUUCACUUCUGUCCAAUAUCAUCUUCACUCAAACACAACUGCUCCCAUGACAGUGAUGUGGGUCUGGUGUGUGCUGGGAGUGUGCGGCUGGUUGAUGGGGGUAGUCGCUGUGCUGGGAGAGUGGAGGUUCUUCAUAGAGGACAGUGGGGAACAGUGUGUGAUGAUUACUGGGAUAUGAGAGAUGCUGCAGUGGUGUGUAGAGAGCUGCGCUGUGGAGAGGCUGUAGAUGCACUGAGUGAUGCUCACUUUGGAUCAGGAUCUGGACCAAUCUGGAUGGAUAAAGUGGACUGUAGUGGGUCAGAGUCUACACUGAAGAUCUGUAGAUCAAGAGGAUGGGGAAAACACAACUGUGAUCAUUCUAAAGAUGUUGGAGUCAUCUGCUCAGGUUGCAUUUUAAUGCAAAUAAAUCUGAAUAACCACUUUCUCCAUCAUAGGAAUGUCACUUUGUUUCUGUUCUCUCAUAAUAUUGUAGGAGUCAGGCUGGUUGGUGGUUCUCGCUGCUCUGGGAGAGUGGAGGUGCUUCAUGGAGAGACCUGGUCCACAGUGUGUGAUGCUGACUUUGACCAGAAGGAUGCAGAGGUUGUGUGUCGAGAGCUGGGCUGUGGGCUUCCUGUGGAGGUGCUGGGAGCAGCUGCUUUUGGCAGAGGGGAGGGUCAGGUGUGGUCAGAGGAGCUUCAGUGUAGAGGCAAUGAAUCUCAGAUUCACCUCUGUCCAACAUCAUCUUCACAGAAACCCAACUGCUCCCAUGACAGUGAUGUGGGAGUAUUGUGUGCUUUCAGUGUGAGGUUGGUAGAUGGUGGCAGUCGCUGUGCUGGGAGAGUGGAGGUUCUUCACAGAGGACAGUGGGGAACAGUGUGUGAUGAUGGCUGGGAUAUGAGUGAUGCCGCAGUGGUGUGUAGAGAGCUGCGCUGUGGAGAGGCUGUAGAUGCUCUAAGUGAUGCUCACUUUGGACCAGGAUCAGGACCAAUCUGGAUGGUUGAUGUGGACUGUAGUGGGUCAGAGUCUACACUGAAGAAAUGCCAUUCAACAUUAUGGGGUAAACAUGCCUGUAAUCACUCUAAAGAUGCUGGAGUUAUCUGCUCAG